GGAGGGGCGGAGGAAAGCAGUCGCUAAUCGGGACCGGUUAGACCGGUCGGAUCCUUUGGGUAGAGUCUCUCAUUGGGCCACCUCCUCCCAGCUGACCCGCCAGGGGCUGGGGACCCGGGAAGGGGCCUCGGACUAGAGGCAGAGCCAGGAUGAGGGGCGACCGGCAGCACUACUACGGCCAGCACGGAACGCCUCAGAAAUAUGACCCAACAUUCAAGGGCCCCAUUUACAACAGGGGUUGCACUGAUGUUAUCUGCUGCGUGGCCCUAUUCAUAGCCAUUGUGGGGUAUGUGGCUGUUGGCAUUAUAGCCUGGACCCAUGGAGACCCCCGAAAGGUGAUUUAUCCUACAGACAGCCGUGGACAGUUCUGUGGGCAGAAGGGGACACCUUACGAGAACAAGCCUUUCUUGUUUUACUUCAACAUCCUGAAGUGUGCUAGUCCCUUGGUGCUCCUCGAGUUUCAGUGCCCAACUCCACAGACCUGCGUGGAGAAGUGUCCCUCGAGAUACCUCACCUAUCUCCAAGCCUAUACCCGCCCCCAGGACCUCGAGUAUUAUAAACAGUUCUGUGUUCCAGGCUUUGGCUCUGGCAAAGUCAAGAAGAGUCCAGCAGAGGUUCUAAGGGAUGGAGACUGUCCGGCAGUGCUCACACCCAGUAAACCCUUGGCUCGUAGAUGCCUCCCUGCCAUCGAGACCCACAAAGGUGUGAUCACCGUGGGCAAUGAGACCACAUUCGACGAUGGCCAAGGCCAGAAGAGAAACGUAUCAGAGCUGGUGGAGGGCGCCAAGAAAGCAAAUGUGGUGCUGGAGGCAAGGCAGCUGGCCAUGCGUGUGUUUGAAGAUUACACUGUAUCCUGGUAUUGGAUUCUCAUUGGCCUGGUGAUUGCCAUGGCUCUGAGCCUCAUCUUCAUAGUUCUCCUUCGCUUCCUGGCUGGGAUUAUGAUCUGGAUUAUGAUAGUCAUGGUCAUCUUGGUGCUGGCCUAUGGAAUCUUUCACUGUUACAUGGAAUAUUCCCGACUCCGAGGUGAAGCCGGCUCUGAUGUCUCCAUCGUGGACCUGGGCUUCCAGACUGACUUUCGGGUAUACCUGCACCUGAGGCAAACCUGGCUGGCCUUCAUGAUCAUCCUGUGUGUGCUGGAGCUCAUCAUAAUCCUCCUGCUCAUCUUCCUGAGGAAGCGCAUCCUCAUUGCCAUUGCCCUCAUCAAGGAGGCCAGCAGGGCUGUGGGCUAUGUCAUGACCUCCCUACUCUACCCACUUUUUACCUUUUUCCUCCUCUGCCUCUGUAUUGCCUACUGGGCCAGCACUGCCGUCUUCCUGUCCACUUCCAAUGAGGCAAUCUACAAGGUCUUCAAUGAAACAGCCUGUGUAGCUGCUGGACAGACAUGUAAUCCAGAGACUUUCCAUACCUCAAACGUGACCCGAUUGUGCCCUGAUGCUCGAUGCCAGUUUGCCUUCUAUGGUGGGGAGACUGGCUAUCACCGGGCGCUGCUCGGCCUGCAGAUCUACAAUGUCUUCAUGUUCUUUUGGCUGGCAAACUUCGUACUGGCUUUGGGCCAGGUGACACUGGCUGGAGCCUUUGCCUCCUACUAUUGGGCCAUAAAAAAACCAGACGACCUUCCUGCCUUUCCCCUCUUCUCCUCCUUCGGCAGAGCACUCAGCUACCACACAGGCUCCUUGGCCUUUGGCUCCCUCCUUCUGGCCAUCGUGCAGGUAAUCCGUGUGAUACUCGAGUACCUGGACCAGCGGCUCAAAGCUGCAGAGAACAGGUUUGCCAAGUUCCUCAUGACCUGUCUCAAGUGCUGCUUCUGGUGCCUGGAGAAAUUCCUCAAAUUCCUCAAUAGGAAUGCCUAUAUCAUGAUUGCCAUCUAUGGUACCAACUUCUGUACAUCUGCCAGGAAUGCCUUCUUCUUGCUCAUGCGGAACAUUAUUAGGGUAGCUGUCUUGGACAAGGUCACUGAUUUCCUUCUCCUCUUGGGGAAGCUUCUGGUUGUGGGGAGUGUUGGAAUUCUGGCAUUCUUCUUCUUUACCCGCCGAAUCGAGAUUGUACAGGACACGGCACCCUCCCUCAACUACUACUGGGUUCCUAUCCUGACAGUGAUCAUUGGCUCCUACCUGAUUGCUCAUGGCUUCUUCAGUGUCUAUGGGAUGUGUGUGGACACUCUGUUCCUCUGUUUCUGUGAGGACCUGGAGCGUAACGAUGGCUCCCCCGAGCGUCCAUACUUCAUGUCCCCUGAGCUGAGAGACAUCCUGCUGAAGGGGAAUGCUGAGGCCGGGAAGAGUGAAGCACAGGAGGAAUAGGGUGUUUUUGGGUGUGGGGGUGUUCUGGGCCCCCUCCUGACACAUGGGGUGCCAGGGAGAUGUAAUGUAUUUACAGACUGGGAACCAGGCGAGGGCCCAAGGCUACUUUUCUCACUUGGGAUGUGGUGGGGUGUGGACACAAGACAUGAAGCCUCCUUGGCAAAAGGAAAGGGAGAAAGCUGGUCUGUGUCUGUGUCUAGGAUGAACCAUCAACCCCUAGGCCCCUGGCCUGCUCCUCGACCCUCAUCCCCCUCCUGCUGGCCAAAGCCAUCUUCCCUGCGUCUCCCUCCUGCCCCCAUCCCCAAAGGUCUGUGCCCUCUCAUGAACCCCCCUCUCCUGGGCCCUCUCUCUGCAGUGGAGGACCUGGAGCGGAAUGAUGGCUCCGUGGAGCGGCCAUACUUCAUGUCUUCCAACCUGAAGAAGCUCCUAAACAAGACCAACAAGAAGCUAGCUGAAGGAUAGGCCUCCUCCCAGGCCUCAAUGGAAGGGAGGGGAGGAGGUGGUUUACAUUAGGGUCAGUACAUGCCAUGGCCCCCACUAACCUCUGCCAACCCCUGAGAUGGAGCCUAAACCCCACUCACUCUCCCUCGGGCUAUUUAACAAGAGGGCCUCACUACUGCACUAUGGUUUACACUCUUAGGAUAGGGCAGCUAGUCCACCACCCCCUCCCCAUCCUUGGGCCCCUUCUUAGUGGACUCAUUCAUCUAAGAGACUGCCGGUCACAGGCCCUCAGUGGCUUACUUUUUGGGGGAGGGAGGAUGGAGAAUUACUCGUGCUCGGAGAUCUCCAAGAAAGAUGUUCUCUUCACUCUUCUCUUGGCUCCCUGGUCAAGAAGGUUUUCUUGUUGGCCCUUUUGGCUUGAGGCCAGGCUCUUUUUCUCUGACCCUGAGAAGGGUUGAAGGGGCAGGCCGAGUUGCAUGGAUUCAGUCCAGGGAUCCACUUGGCCCAAGAGGGCCAGUUUGCAAGAGUGAGUGAAGGGGAAUGUUAACUUAUUCUGCUGCUUUAAAGAUGACUUUUUUUAACCUACUUCUCUAGCCAAUGUGUCCCUACCUGAAAAGGGUCUAUUUUUGUGACUCAUUUCAUACUUGUGGGCGAUAAAAAAAAUCUCUUGAAUUUUGCAUAUGUAUUCCUGUUCUCAGGCUCAGAGGCUGAGGUUGGGUGUGGGGCAUGGAUAGACGUGUCAGAGUGUGUGUGUGUGUGUGUGUCUGUGUAUGUGUGUGUGUGUGUGUGAGAGAGAGAGAGAGAGAGAGAGAGACAGAGAGAGAGAGAGAGAGAGAGAGAGACACACAGAGAGAGUUAUCCUCCCUUGCACCUAUACAUCUGCUUUGACAUGUUUCAAGCUGGUUUGUAGGCAGAUAGUGAGUGGUGGGAUGGGAGGGAGGCCCUUUGUUUUCCAUCUUUCUCUCCCAUCAAGGAGGCAAGGACCUGGUGCAGUGAAGCAGGCAUAGGAAAUGUUAGGCUGGGAGGGAGGAUGAAAAUUAAUAGCCUUUUGAUGGAAACCUGAUGGAAGGGCUGGGAAGGUUCUCCUCCCUCUUUGUUGGUGUGGCUGGGAUCCCAAGGGCAUUCUCUUCAUUUGAAAGGAGGAAGGCUGGCAAAGAAAGGUAACCAGGAGAUGCAGGGCAAAUGAGCCUUCUAUCUCUCUUCUUAGGCCCUAGGGCCGGCUCAGCUAAUCAGACUUGCUUUAUUUCACUUGCUUAUAUGGAUAUAGGCUUUACUGAGCCUAGUAUUUUAAUGUCCUGAAAUCCUAUCCAGUAAGCUUUAUUUCAUUUUCCCAAAGAGGGAGUAUUUCCCAACCUUGGGGCCUCCCACAUCCUGUGCCUGCUCUGAGACUCCUGUCCUUCCCUGGGCCCAAUUGUCUGUGUACCCCCUGAUUCCCUACUCCCUAUGUCUAACUGCAUUCCAACCAUUAAUAAAAGUGCCUAUUUGUACCAGGA